AUGGGAGGCUUUGAGGGUCAUCUGUACCCAGGACUGUCUCUCUUCCUCUAUGGACUUUAUCACGCACGACUCGUCUCCAGGGCCUUGAUACGCAACUACCCCGUCCAGUAUCUGCCACGCCGUCCCUGCAGCAAAGGAAGAUGGGCGAGGCUGCAGCAAAUAUACUAUGUGGGACUGGCGAAGAUAUUGAGCUCCUUCAUUUUAGUAGCCCAAGAACUGCAUAACAUUCAAGGGCAGUUUGUACUGAUCAGCAAGAUAUAUCACCAGAGAAACUUUUUGUACCACAAACAGUGGCAGCAUCUCACUCUCUACACGACCUUCUUCCUGAGUGGGUGUGUAGAUGUGGUGAGCCAGAACCUGCUGCCCCAGAGGUCUCCUGCCCUGGAACAAGGCGCCCAAGCCCUGGGCAUGUUUCUGAUUCUGCCCCUGAUGGUGUCUCACUUGCAGGACUCAGAAGGAGUGGAGCUGCAGUGUCACGUCCUGCUCAUCCAGGCCUUGUUCCUGCUGCUGCUGGUGGUGAUCGCAGAGCUGUGGGCUCCCAACGUGCGGCAGCUCUGGGUGAUGAAGGCCUUUUUAUAUAUGAUUAUAGGCUCUUGGCUGAUCCAGAUAGCCUUUAUGCUGUACAAGCCAAUCUCUGGACAUAAAUGGAUGGAUGAUGACAAAAAUGAUAUUUUAUUUAUCACCAUCUUCUUCUGCUGGCAUGUGGCUUCCCUUGCCAUUUUGAUGAUCUGGAUCUACGGCGUCUCCUUUUUGUGGUAUUGUUACAUUUGCUGAUGUCUGAACCAGGUGAGCCUGGAAGGGUACCUCUCACCUGCACAUUCUGGAACAACUGGAGGAGAAGUUGUGGGACGAAGAACUGUCAGAGAGGGAGACCAAGUGUCUUUCCUUCAGAGGUGCCACCGAGGCAGCUCACUCCACUGGGA